AUGAGAGUCUUACCGCAACCGCAUAGAGGACUUCAUCCGGCGUACCCAGACUGGACGGAAGGCUCCUUGAGAAAUCGUCUUGGCAUCUUGGACUUUCUUCUGAUAGCUGGGGGUUUGGCACUGCCCUUCUUGUUCAGGCGACGUCAGCCCUUGGCAACUACUAUUAAGGCUGCCGCAUAUAUCGGCAGCGGCACCAUGCUAUGUGUUACUGGCUUGCACUACGUCAGCUGCCGCACUGCCAGAACGUUUCUCGAAAAGCAAGGUAUUGAGGUUCCUGAUGGCAAGAUUGUGGAUCGAGUGGGGUGCUUUGACUCGGAUGAUGCGGUUCUGUCUGGUGGCAUCGCGGCUAUGUUGGUCUCUUUUGCGAGCAGAAAGCCCCCCAAGGUCCUUGGAUGGAAGCGAUAUGUAGGGACGUUUACGUUAGGAGGCACGCUCGGCGCAACUUUGUGGUACGGGCUUAUGUGGUAUAGACUUGGCUUUCACAGGUUCGCGCAGAUAGCAGCGCACGAUGGCGAGCUCGUCAAAGAAGCUGAAAAAUGUAAGUCAGUCAUAAAUUCUUCGCCUCCACAUUCAGGUAUCGGGGGCCUGGCUGCUUUAAGAUUGCCACUACGAGGAACAUCAAACGACAGGCCCUCUGGUGCUCAAGUCUCACUUGGCCAGCCUGGCGCUGGACAACAAGCGGAAAUUCUCAAAGAUGGCCCUCACAUCUCGGUACAGAUUCCUGGAGAGCGAGAACCAGUACCCAGGCCCCAGACGAAUUAUGAAUGGUCGUCAGACCAUGAGAUUGAAGACCUUGAGAAGCACAUUGCCAAGUUGCGCGAGAGACGACAGCGUGUAGCGCAGGAGAGCGAGUGGCUUUGGGCCUGGCUUUCAGAGAAGGAGGCCGAGUACUACAACAGCGCAGACUCCAAGUCGGACACACCAAAUCGCAAGGAGAUGUUGCGUUAUCUCGACUUGCUCUCCGCAGGCCAAAGACUCACUUGGAGUGAGGUUUCGAUGGUCGACUGGAUGAUAGCAGACUCCCAGAAGAGACUCAACCAAGGGCGCUCAGCAUCGGACAAUCAAGGCCAAGUGACAUGGCGCGCCUCCACAACUACUCAGACUGUACCAGAGGUCGCCCUCACGGGAGCUCGCAACGGAAUUCGGGAGUUAGAUGGCGUUGAAAAUCAGUUGCGGCAAGCAAAGACCGCGAUGGCCAUAGAGAUGGCUGACCCUGACUUCGACAUGAAGGAGGACAACCAGGUGUAUCACCCCGUGAAGCAGAAGACGGUCAGCGAGAAAGAAAUGUUCCUCGAAGCGAGAGAAGCAUUGGACAAGCAGCUGGAGGAAUUCGCCUUGCAACGUAAGAUCUUGGGUCUGAUCAUCGAGGAUAGCCAGAAAAGGACGCAGUAA